AGAGAAAAGCACGCUCGCCGUUACGUAAUCUACGGUCUGAUACUCGAGGCAUCUCUGGUUAUUAUUAUCAACUAACGUCGGCGGCAAGUUGUGAAUGGAAGAGUCUGAAGACGAAGAUCUUCCAGCUUUCGAUGUUGUGUCUUCUAGUGCAGUCGGCGAACGUGAUGUCAAUCGUGUAUUGCAAGUAUUUCCAGACAUUGGCUUGUCGAAGGACGAGAUCAGACGGCAUAUUCGCAAAAGCGGCAGCACAGAAGCAACAAUCAAUCACAUUCUUGAUAACCAGCUAGAGAGAUUUUCAGAGAAACUUUUUCCUGAAGAAAUUAGUGAGAUAGAUGUAACGCCUCCAACUCAAGCCAGGGGUUCCGUUCAGUCGGGAAACUGGAACGUGGAUGACGACAGGUCGUUAUUAAAGAGCUGUACGCUACAUACUUGUGAUGAACAACAGUCAGACUCAGACAGUAGCGUGUGUGUGUUAGAAGAACUGCCUCUUGCAAGACGUCUCAAAGUUUGUACAUCUACAAAUAAUCAUCCAUUUGCUACUCUCAAUCAUCGCAAAGAAACAGUGGAAUCAGAUAGUUUGUUGUCGCACAGCAGAGGAAACUAUUGUCUGAAUGAUGAAGAUUCCAGUAAUAAUGCUAUAAUUGUAACUGACAGUUUAUCACAGUGCAGUACUACUUUUUCUCAGUCAACAAGUAGUGAUUGGUCACAUACUGGAGACUCACAAGAAAGUGAUCGUUCUGACUCCAUGAAAGGAUCGAGACAGAAGCUUUUGGAAGCUGAAAGAGAGAGGCGAAAUCAGGAGAGGCUGGCGAAGAAACUGGCUAAGGAAAGAGAAAAGUUAGAACUGAAACGUGCUAAAGAAGACUUGAAGAAACAAGCAAAACUUGUGAAGGUGAAGGAGAAGGCAGAAAAACAGGCAAAGAAAGCAGCUCAGAAGGCAUCUUCUAAAGCUGAACGUAUAAAGCAUGUGACUGCUGUUGUUGAUAAAUUGAUUGCCAACGAAGAGUCAGUGGGCUUGGAGAUAAUGGCUACAUUGAAUGAGCUUGAGAUCAAAGUUGAAGUUGUGUCUUCCAAUGUACCUUGGAGUGUCACAUGGCAGAGAGCAAUCUUUAAACAGGAAUUGUUACACGACUAUUCUGAGGUGUUAGUGCCAACUCGUUUUGUAGAAGAAAACGAAGUUGUUGUUUUGUGGCCUGCCAGUGAGUUUGUUAAUAUGGUUGAGGCUUCUUGCCAUCAGCAGAUGAGCAGCGUAUAUCACAGUCAGUCCACUGCAAAAGAAUGUGUCAAGCAACUGGUUACCAGCAUGUCUCCCAAGCGAUGCACUAUUGUGAUCUAUGGAUUGGAGAAAUAUUACAGACGUAUGAAGACGAAAGUCAAUCGUGAAUAUCGCAGUGCUGUAUUGGAAGCUACUAAUGAUGUAGCUACAAGUCAACCUAAGAAAAAGACAAAGAAAUCUGCUGAAGGAUCGACAGUGACACAUGUCAAUGUAGAGGAAGUGCUGGCAGAGCUAAGUGUAUACGUUCCAUGUCAAAUACACAAGUAUGAAUCUGGUCAUGAGAUUGGUCAAUAUUUGGCUAGAAUGACAAAGGCAGUUGCUGAUGCCCCGUACGAUCGGAGAAAAAACCAAACAGCGUUGUCAGCUAUUUUGUGUGACGUUGGAAAGGGCACAGUAAAGGUGUUUGAAGAUGGGUCAGGAUUUGGCACACUUUGGAAGCAGCAGUUGAUGCAGUUUCCUAGUGUGUCUGCACAAGUUGCUCAUGCUAUAGCAUCUGUCUACACUUCUGUUCGAUCGCUACGAGAAGCAUAUAAAAACUGCGGUAGCAUACGUGAAGCUCAAAAUCUACUACAGGACAUCAUGGUUCAGCGUGGAGUUGGUAUUCUGGCCUCAAACAGACGUGUUGGUCCUGAGCUAUCUAGAAAGAUUCAUGCAGUUUUCACUUCUCAACAUCCUGACACAAAAUUGCAGCACAGUGUGGAAGAGUGCCAAGAAAAAUGAGCUUAAGUUAUAAAUUUUCUGUGAAAUUACUCUUGUAGCUACAUCUAGCUGCAUUGUGGCACACUCAAACUGACUUGUGUAAGUACAUUGUGCGUAAGGACACAGACAUUGUACAUUGUGCUUGUGCAGCCUGCUGCAACAUUUAGUGGUCUUUAUUAAAACUAGUAUUUUCCCAAUAAUUUAUGGGAUCAAGAUUUGUUUAUUUAGUGGGUUCAUUCUCUGAAAAUGCAUCCUACCUAAUCAUCUUCUGAAGAUGAUAAAAUGGAUGGUAUGCUACUGAAUU